AUGAGGAUCGGUUGCUUGCAGUUCGCGCCCCAGGUGGGAGACGUCGACAACAAUCUAAAUCGAGCCGAUGCCGUCUUGUCGAGGGCGAACCCGGAAGACCUCGAUCUCCUCGUUCUACCCGAGCUGGCUUUCUCUGGGUACAACUUCAAGUCGCUACAAGAUAUUACCCCGUUCCUUGAACCCUCCGGCUCCGGCAUCACAUCUCUCUGGGCUAGGACUAUUGCCCUCAAGUACAACUGCAUCGUCACCGUCGGUUACCCCGAGAAAGUCGACGUCUCGCCAAAGUGGCCCACCGGUCCCGAGUAUUACAACUCGGUCAUCGUCGUCAACGGAGAUGGUGAAACAAUCGCAAACUACAGAAAGUCGUUUCUGUACUACACCGACGAGACAUGGGCGCUAGAAGGAAACCGCGGUUUCUAUGAUGGCUUCAUUCCUGGACUUGGCAACACAAGUAUUGGCAUCUGCAUGGAUAUCAACCCAUACAAAUUCGAAGCACCAUGGCAUGCCUUUGAGUUUGCCUUCCACAUUCUCGAGGUUGAGUCGAAUCUCGUCAUCGUCUCCAUGGCUUGGAUGACCAGGGAAGAGCCGCGACGAUUUACCCGCAUGCCCAACGAACCCGACAUGGAAACCCUGACAUAUUGGGUCACGCGACUCGAACCACUCAUUCGCUCCGAGAACCAGGACGAGAUCAUUGUCGUCUUCUGCAAUCGCUCCGGCAAUGAAGAAGAGGCCUUGUACGCCGGCACCAGCGCAGUCAUUGGCAUCCAGGAUGGCGAAGUCAAAGUCUACGGCCUCCUGGGACGUGGAGAAAAGGAACUUCUGGUCGUCGACACAAACAACUCUCCCUACGCCAAGCUCGUUUACCGACCCGAGGCCGGAGGCUCUGGGAUGGAAGCUCCUGGACACCUUCAGCAAAAUGACAAGGCAGACGAUUCCUCCAAAAAGGGCAAAGAGGUUGAAGAAGACAAGAAGAACAAGGGCGAAACGGAGACCAAAGACAGCCCAUCACCCAAGGAGGUCACAGAAGCCAAUGAUUCAAGCAAACGCUCAGUCGACAAGUCCAUUGACGACAAACAAAACAGCUUCAAGGCCAGGGUUUCCGAGAGCAAGCACAAAUGCCUGCCACCACUACCUCAAUUGCCCGAUGACCUUGCCGAGGACAUGAAGCCGUCCAAAAGGCGCCAAGCACCUACAAUCAGCAUCCCCAAGGAAUCAGACCUCAUCAAGGCCAACUCAGCGCGCUCUCCUGGAACUGGAAGACUCAGCAUUCCCACUCCAUCAGCACCGAGUCCGACACCCAUGGCGAUUCGCCCCCGUCUGAUCAUUCCCGAGUCCCCUCCUAUCAUGCCGUACCAAUACCCACCAGACCACCCACUCAGUGCUGCAUCGUUGAGAUCAGAAAAGUCGAUCCGUUCUUUCAAGUCGGAAGAGUCUGAGGCUUCUUCAGUGAGGACUGUUCGCACAAAUCCUCGGCCACCAGAGGAGAGCACCCCGUAUCCCGAUAGCGGUGCGCCUCUGAGCGGUUAUCCGUCAAACUUCUUCUCCUCAGAGAAGCUAAUUUACGGCGGGGAGGUCACUAUCCAGAGUGCAGGCCCAUUCAGCCCAACAACUCCGUUUGAAGACGUCUCUCCUGUUUCUAACCAUCCGUAUUUCUGGCGCUCAAAUGACAACUUCAUGCGGACACCUAUUUCUGGUGGAGGUUGGACGCCUGGCACCCCAAUUGGGAGAAGACCAGAACCCUUUCCCUGGCCGGCCAUCACCGGGAGCCAGCGCCCAGCAAGUCGAAACGGUGUCAAGGACCGGGUCAAGGAGAAUGCAACUCCCAAGGAUCUCCGACAUCUCCAUUCGCUGUCCCCUCAGUCCAACACCUCUUCCAACCGUUCUAACCGGACUUCCAAGAGCCACCGAACGACGCAUUCGGCAUCAUCUGUCAAUUCCAAAGGGACGGUGCAAGCAGCGGUGGUAGAAGACAAGUCGUUGGAGCGGCCGUCCUCCCCCAAGUCGCGCAAUGCUAGUCGGUCAAGGAUGCAUGAAAGAUCUGACUCUUCCCUUGGGGAUCGAGAGACCAGUGCCGCAAUUUCACAACACCUGGAAAACAUCUCUCAGCGAGCCGAAUCGGUGAACAGGCUGCGUUCAACCUCUGCUACCACGCCAGUUGCUGAGCGGCGGGUCCAAUCACCUCACUCCAGGAACCAGAGCCGUUCUCGUCCCAGUGAGCCUGCCACCACUCCAUCGGAUCAGCAUACGAUUCGCAUUGCCGCAAGCCCGAGCAUCCUUAGUGAUGAGGGGCGAAACACUCGCCAGUCCCUGACCCGAGCGACAUACCAUCAGCGCAGCAAUUCGUUCCCUGCAAACAAUACGCUCGCCACCAAUGACAGAGCUGGUACCCCAAACUCUGCAAUCAACAUGGCUCGCCCAGCUUCGCGGGCUGCCAGCCGAGGUCGGACUCCUGGGCCCAAGGUUUCCCCUACCCACAGUGUGCCAGAGGACGACGCCGAGGUACCACCCCAUGAGCGAGCAUCAUCGGCGGAUUCGACUCGGAACGACAGACUCCAUCGUCGUAUCCGCUCGAGUCAAUCUCGUACCCGACCAUCUCGAACCGGAAGGGGCUCGUCUGUCAGCAACAACAACAACAACGGACGGCGUCGGUCGGAUGAGGGUCCCUCAGAAGGGUUUGAAAGAGUCGAGGCCAUCAUUUCGCCGAGCUGCCCUGUUCAUGGCCGGAGGCCGUCAUCUAACAGAGGUCGUGUCAAUGAGAUCUCAAUACCCGUGUCGCGAUCGCCCCCAGAGCCAUCCCCGCCACAGAGACCGGCCUCUAGCACUGGCACGUCGCAGUACUUGGAACCGGGACAGCCUGAACCUCGUCGAGCAUCAUCUGGCGAUGCCAGCCAGAUGGCCUUUGUAGAGUCCCAGAAACCCACCAUCAAAGACACACAAGUUUCGCAGAACGAGGCUGCAGAAGCCAGUGACUGCGGAUCAGUCACGGAAACGCUCCAGACUAUCUCCACCCCCGGGCGCUCGCCUGCUACACCUUACUUCAACCCGUCCACACCCAAGGCGAUGGUGCUCAACACGAACGAUGCCGACGUUGAGCCCCUGUUCAGUGGUAAUCUGGAGGGUACGGCGAAGACACCCACGCCUCGAUGUGCUGAACUGGACGCCCUCACCCCAGUUGAAGUUCCCGCCAGCUCCGUGGCGUGA